GUUUAUUGUCGUUAUUACAUUGUAAUAUGUGUACGAAUUAAGCAAACUAGAUAAUGCGUUUUAUUCUGUGAGCUUUAUAAACGCUGCUAGACGCAUGUUGUUACGUUUGGACAGAGCCGGGCUCCCUGUCUCCCCUUGUUUCCAGUAGCCUUUUUAUUCCAAGCUAAGCUAACAGGCUGCAGCUGGCUCCAUUUAAGCUAACGGUUACCGCUAAAUUGCAUAUUUACCGUACAGACCUGAAGAGUAACUUGUUAACUCGGCAAAAGGGUAACUACACAUACAACUACCUAACUGUAGGAGUCAUUUGACCGGUCUAGCUCCGCUCAUUGAGCAGCUGACACUAGGACCCAGCAGAGACGCAGCCUGCCUCGAGCUCCAGACCAGCGGAUCUGUAAAGUAUCGACUGUAUCUGUCAGCGGUGGCUCCACACGCCGCCACACACUCACUUACUCACUCAUGGGCCUGCAUUGAAUUUCAACAACUCUCACAUGGACAGCAUCACCAGAGGAAUGGAAACAAACGGCACCAAAUCGAUGGAGGUGUUGGUGAGUGAGCUGGGAGCCCUGCUGAAGAUGCUGGAUCAGGAGAACCUCAGCUCCUCCACGCAGGAGAAGAAGACCUCUGUGUGGAACCUCCUGCAGCAGAUACAGCCAUCAGUUUCAGGAACAGACUACAUUUACAUGAACUCAGCAGUGUACAGAAACGGCACCAGCUUUGUAGAAUCACUCUUUGAGACAUUUGACUGCCAGCUUGGAGACCUAAAGGAUGUUACAGAUGAACUUAAAGAAGAAAAGAACACACAAACUGAUACUUCAAAGCAGCAGAAUUGUGCAGACUCCCCAGCCCCGCACUCAGCUGACUCUCCUCCCCCUCUGCCCACGACGCCUCCUCCCGAGGAGUAUUAUGAGGAGGCAGUGCCCCUCAGUCCUGGCAAACUGCCCGAGUACAUCAUCACACGAGUCAGGCCUAGCCCUCCUAACUCUAUAGAGGAUGGGUAUGAAGAUGCUGAAAACAACUAUCCCACGACCUGCAUAAACACACACCGGAAAAACUCAUACAACGACUCUGAUGCUCUGAGCAGUUCUUACGAGUCCUAUGAGGAGGAUGAAGAAGAGAGGAGCCCUGGUGUCCGACUCACUCAUCAAUGGCCCUCAGAUGAGAGCUCCAUGACUCCUGCCAGGGACUGUCGCAUCUGUGCCUUCCUGCUGCGCAAGAAACGCUUUGGCCAAUGGGCGAAACAGCUCACUGUCAUUCGAGAGAACAGGCUACAGUGCUAUAAGAGUUCUAAGGACACAUGCCCCUAUGUGGACCUGCUGCUGCCCCAGUGCACUGUGGUCUAUGCCCCCAAAGACAGCAAGAGGAAGCACCAUGAACUCCGCUUCACCUUACCUAACGGAGAUGCACUGGUGCUGGCGGUGCAAAGCAAGGAGCAGGCCCACAGAUGGCUCAGGGUUGUCAGAGAGGUGAGCGGUCAGAGCGCAGGGCCCGAGGAAUCUGCGUCUCCCAUCAUUCCAAGAAAAACUGAACUUGACAAGAGGUUAUCUGCAGAGAGAAACACAUCAGACUCAGACAGUGUGGGCGUGUCAACUGGAGAGAACUGCAGAGAAAAUGGCAAGGUGAAACGGGGGCCUUUUGCCGCAGGCCGCAAAAUCACACGCAUCAUCAGCUUCUCCAAGAAGAAGCCCCCUCGGCCAGGAGAUUCACGGACAUCCUACAGCGACCCUCGACAAGGCUACGUGUCAGUGCUGGUGAACCAGGUGUGGCGGGAACAGUGGUGUUGUGUGAGCAGAGGCUCCCUGCAGUUCUAUCAUGACAAAGGAGAUCCCCGGACCUCCCUGCCUUCACUUCCUCUCCAUGGUUGCGAGGUGUUCCCGGGGCUGGGACCCAAACAUCCCUUUGCCUUCCGAAUCUUACGGAACAGCACAGAGGUGGCUGCUCUGGAGGCUAGCAGCUCUGAGGAACUUGGACGGUGGCUUGGUGUCCUCUUGGCAGAGACAGGCUCUGCAACUGAUCCAGAGUCACUGCAUUACGACUAUGUUGACGUGGAAACCAUUGCCAACAUCCGUGACGCCGCACGGAAUUCUUUCCUGUGGGCCACAUCCAUCUCCACAGACUCCAGGACAUAUGAUGAAGUCCCCAAUGAGGACAUGCAGUCAGGGGAGAACCGCAGGCAGCAGUCUGGGAAUCAGGGGAAGCGGCGCUCAAGUUUCUCCAGCAGCGACUCUGACAGAACCAAGCCUAUAGUCUCCCUCAAACGAACAGGCUCAAACGCCAACCAGUACGGAAGGUAUGGGAAAACACGAGCUGAAGAGGAUGCCAAGCGUUACCUGAAAGAGAAAGAGGAGCUGGAAAGCGAGAGGGAUGGGAUACGAAAUGCACUCGUGACCCUUAGAAAGGAGAAGAGAGAGCUGAAGGAGGAACUGAAGGCGGCCUCUGAGAGGAGACAGUCCUCCCUGAACAAGCGUGUAUCUCAGCUGGAGGACGCCUGUCGAACUAAAGAGGCGGAGAGGGUGGACCUGGAGCUCCGGCUGACUCAGGUCCAAGAAAACCUCAAGAAGAGCCUGGCCGGUGGAGCGCUGGGAGCACCUGUAGAUGCUAAACCCCCUGUUAAGGCCUCCAGCAAAAAGACACAGAAUAUCUACAGUGACGCUUUACCAGUUAACUGUGCCUCAGAGAUGCGUCGGAGACCUCCAUCUGUUUAUGCUUCUUCAGGAACUGUCAUGCAGAAGGCAAAGGAAUGGGAGUCAAAGAAAGCAACCUAAGAGCAGCAUCAUGGAGAGGACUGGAGAAAGCAUUAACCGAUCAGGAUCUGACUUUUGUGACAUUCACCCUGCUAAGGAUCAAUCUACAGCCCAAAGCACAAACUUCUCUGAGGAAAUAAACCGUAAUGAAAGAAAUCAGCCACUAGGUGGAGGUACAUCUCUCUGAAUAUUUACUCUUCCUAAAAGGACUUCUCCAAAGGGGAGGAAUCCAGAAACUGCUCACUGUCUGUAUGCAGGUAUUUCCAUAGUCUUUGUUGACACAGAUUGAAACGUGGCUAACAGAAAAGAGCAGAGAGUUUCUAAAAGAAAGACAAAAGAGAAGUGGAUUGAAAAGUGCAAUGGAAAGGCAGAAGGGGGGUGCGUUCUGUUUUGCUGUUGCGUACAGUGAAAUGUUUAAUUAUUGAGGUGUCAUGUGAGAAAUGUGAUGUGUUUGGAAACUGGAUGGAGGCAGUUUGAGCCACAAUGUGCCUUUUAUAUAAUAUAAUGUUUUUUUUUAUCUGCCUUUACAGAGUUAGCAAAGACUACUGUUUUCUGUGUUUUAUACUUUUUAACUGUUAAAAGUUUUUUUCUCAUCAUCAUCAACAUAAUGAGACCCAACUUUUAGAGGUAUUCAGUAACGUGCCAUUAAGGGGUAAGUGUGUUAUUAUUUUUUGACUGCACUUAUGAGCUUCUCCUCUCAGGUUGAAGCUGUGCCAUACAGCAAAAGCAUCUGCUUAAUGUUCCUCUUUGGCAGAAAACAACAGUUAAAUACUCCUGCAGGAGAUAAUUAAGUGACUAACAGAGGGGUGCUAUUCACUUAUUACAAACCAGUCUUUUUUUCUGAGGGGUGUAAAAUCUCCAUUAUAUGUAUUUUAACAACUUUUCUGCUGAACUGAACAUCCUGUCCAUCCUUGACUUUUGCACUUUACUGUUCUGCUACCUGGAUAAGGGAAUAAAAAAAUGUGUCUUAUUCUCAAAAAUGUGAUCUUUAACGUUACAGUAAAGAAUUCCUUUCAUAUUAAAAUGCAUUCUCAGUCACAGA